AUGGAGGAUUCAAGCCAUUCUAGUUCAGUGGUGGAAGACCCUCUAUCUCCUCCUGCUAGAAGAGGAGGAUGGAGAGCCAUAAUGUUUAUAAUAGGGAAUGAGACUUUCGAGAAAGUGGCUUCCAUGAGUUUGAUUUCCAAUAUUUCAGUGUAUCUGAAAACGGAAUACAAUAUGGGAGGUGUCUCUGUUGUUAAUGUGGUUAAUAUCUGGUCUGGAUUCUCCAAUAUUACUGGUGUUGCUGGUGCCUAUAUUGCUGAUGCUUGUCUGGGCAAAUUUCUUACGCUCCUCUUCGGCUCCAUAGCAUCAUUUCUGGGCAUGGCUAUGAUGACCCUGGCCUCAGCUGUACCUCGUUUUAGACCCUCAGCCUGUGAAGGUGAGUCUAAUUGUCCUCAACCUCAAGGCUGGCAACUUGCUAUCCUUUUUGCAGGCCUUGGCAUGUUAUCUAUAGGAGCAGGAGGCAUAAGGCCCUGCAACAUUUCAUUUGGUGCUGAUCAAUUCGACACUUCUACAAAGAAAGGAAGACAACAACUAGCGACUUUUUUCAAUUGGUGGUACUUCUUCUUUACUGUUGCCCUCGUAGUAGCCCUCACUGCAGUUGUCUAUGUUCAGACCAAUAUCAGCUGGGCUGUAGGCUUUGCAAUCCCAACAGCUUGCCUUGCUUUAUCCACUAUUAUUUUCUUGAUUGGCUACAAUACUUACAACUAUGUGAAGCCUCAAGGAAGUAUAUUUGUAGACAUGGUCAAGGUGAUUGCUGCUGCCAGUAAGAAGCGUCGUUUUACUAUAACACCAGGGUGGGAUUACCCUUUGUACAAUCCUCCUGUAGCAGGAUCAGAUCCAUCAGCAAUGGAACUCCCACACUCUGAGUGGUUCAAGUUCCUUGAUAAGGCUUCUAUAAUCACUGAUCCAAGUGAAUUGGACAACCACGGUAUGGCUAAGAAUUCUUGGAGGCUAUGUAGUUUGCAAACAGUGGAGCAACUGAAAUGCUUACUGGCAGUUUUGCCUGUUUGGGGAUCGGCAAUUGUUUAUUCCAUUGUUUUAGAGCAAUGCAGUACAUUUGGCAUCCUUCAAGCGAUUCAGGUGAGCAACUCGAUUGGUUCACAUUUCAAAAUUCCAGCCGGUUGGAUGAACCUGGUGCCCAUGCUUGUAGUAGCAGUAUGGAUCUUCAUAUACGAGUGUAUUUACAUCCCUCUGGCACGGAAAAUCACCAAACAGGAUAAAAGAUUGACGAUACAACAAAGACUUGGCACUGGCUUUGUGAUGUCGAUCCUUAGCAUGCUGGCUUCUGGGAUUGUUGAGAAAAAGCGGCGUGAUUCAGCUUUGAGCCAUGGUUUAUUUGCUUCACCCUAUAGUCUCGCACUGCUCUUGCCGCAGUUUGUCCUAGCAGGUUUGGCACAAGCAUUUGCUUCGGUGGCUUUAAUGGAAUUCUUGACCACGCAAAUGUCAGAAAGCAUGAGGACUGUGGCGGGGGCACUAUUCUUCCUCGCCCUAUCCAUAGCAGGCUACCUAGGCUCCCUUCUUGUCACAAUUAUCCAAAAUGUAACCGAGAAGUUUGGCAAAACACCAUGGUUGGGUGGCAGUGAUCUUAACAAAAACAAGCUUGAUCUCUACUACUACGUCAUAGCCACUCUUGGAGUUGUAAACUUAUUGUACUUCUUAUUCUUUGCCUCCCGUUAUGUGAUAAAUAGCAGUGAUGAAAAUAGGACAGAGAUGCGAUUGAAGAGGCCUGGUGCUCGCGGAUCAAGAAGCACAUCCCAAUGUGGAUUAGCGGACGAAGAAAAGGUCGUUGGAAUUGCAUGAUAGAAAAACUGAUUACGGAUGCUACUCUGCUGGUUCGGUUUCCAAAGGAACCUUAUAGAUUU